AUGAAGCCCACCUCAGGGCCAGAGGUGGCCCCACGGCCGGCCUCUGACAUUCGAGCGUUCGCCAGCAGCUGCACGCUGCACGGCCUGGGCCAUGUCUUUGGCCCGGGGGGUCUAACCCUACGCCGGGCACUGUGGGCUGCGGCCGUGCUCCUGUCGCUGGCUGCCUUCCUCUACCAGGUGGCUGAGAGGGUGCGCUACUAUGGGGAAUACCACCACGAGACAGCUCUGGAUGAGCGGGAGAGCCACCAGCUCACCUUCCCGGCCAUCACCCUGUGCAACAUCAACCCGCUGCGCCGCUCGCGCCUCACACCCAACGACCUGCACUGGGCCGGGCCCGCACUGCUGGGCCUGGACCCUGCUGAGCACGCUGCCUUCCUGCGUGCCCUCGGCCGGCCCCCUGCCCCACCCGGCUUCAUGCCUAGUCCCACCUUCGACAUGGCACAGCUCUACGCUCGGGCUGGGCACUCCCUGGAUGACAUGCUGCUGGACUGCCGCUACCGUGGCCAGCCCUGCGGGCCAGAGAACUUCACUGCGAUCUUCACCCGCAUGGGUCAGUGUUACACCUUUAAUUCCGGUGCUGACGGAGCCGAGCUUCUCACCACUUCCAAGGGAGGGGCGGGCAACGGGCUGGAGGUCAUGCUGGACGUGCAGCAGGAUGAGUAUCUGCCCGUGUGGAGGGACAGGGAGGAGACUCCGUUUGAGGUGGGUAUACGAGUGCAGAUCCAUAGCCAGGAAGAGCCGCCCAUCAUCGACCAGCUGGGCUUUGGGGCAGCCCCCGGCUACCAGACCUUUGUGUCCUGCCAGCAGCAGCAACUGAGCUUUCUGCCACCACCCUGGGGCGACUGCAGCUCCGUGUCUCCAGAUCUCGACUUAGAGCUGGAGCCUUCUGGUCCCCUGGGUUCACCUAAUCCUAGCCCAGGUCCCAGCCCUCCCUAUAGCCUAAUGGGUUGUCGCCUGGCCUGUGAGACUCGCUACGUGGCUCGGAAGUGUGGCUGUCGAAUGAUGCAUAUGCCUGGCAGCGCGCCUGUGUGCAGCCCCCAGCAGUACAAGGACUGUACCAACCCGGCCCUGGACGCCAUGCUGCGGAAGGACGCGUGCGCUUGCCCCAGCCCGUGCGCCAGCACGCGCUACGCCAAGGAGCUCUCCAUGGUGCGGAUCCCGAGCCGUGCCGCCGCCCGCUACCUGGCCCGAAAGCACAACCGCAGCGAGGCGUACAUCGAAGAGAACAUGCUGGUGCUGGACAUCUUCUUCGAGGCCCUAAAUUACGAGAUGGUGGAGCAGAAAAAGGCCUAUGAGGUGUCGGAGCUUCUUGGUGACAUUGGGGGCCAGAUGGGGCUGUUCAUCGGGGCCAGCCUGCUCACCAUCCUUGAGAUCCUAGACUACCUCUGUGAGGUGUUCCGAGACCGGGUCCUGGGAUAUUUCUGGAACCGCAGGCGCUCCCAGAGGCACUCCAGCACCAAUCUGCUGCAGGAAGGGCUAGAAGGCCCUCGAACCCAUGUUCCCCACCUCAGCCUGGGCCCCAGGCCUCCCACCCAUCCCUGUGCCGUCACCAAAACCAUUUCUGCCUCCCACCGCACCUGCUACCUGGUCACACGGCUCUAG